AUGUCUGUUCCACUUAUCACCAUUCGCAGAUUCGACGCUAACAAAUCAACCAAAGGAGCUUCCAAAUUGCGCCGUGAUCUCAUCAACUCAGAGAUUGCCAACCUACGGGAUCUGCUGCCGCUGCCACAGUCCACCCGGCAACGGCUUUCCCAGCUGCAGCUAAUGGCACUGGUUUGUGUCUACGUGAGGAAGGCGAACUAUUUCCAGCAAGUGUUCAAGCGCUCCAUCGACAUCGGUAUGCAUACAGCUCCCACACCAAAUAUAGGAUUUUCUAAGGCAAUGUCCGGCUUCUUGAUGAUGCUCACACAGAAUGGCAAACUGCUGUACAUCUCGGAUAAUGCAGCCGAGUAUUUGGGACACUCAAUGGAAGACCUAUUAAUACACGGUGAUUCGGUGUACGAUAUCAUCGAUAAGCAGGACCACGGUGCCAUCCAGGCCGAACUGGGUCGUGGAGUUCCACAGCAUCAGACCAGUGCCUCGCAUCAUCACGGUCAUCAUGCGGCAUCCAGCCAGCUGGAUGGCGAACAGCGAAUAUUCCUGUGUCGUAUGAAUGUCAGUCGUAACGCUCGUCGCCAGAUGCGGUUCGGCGAUCAAAAGGUUGUUCUGGUGCAAGGACAUUAUCUCUCCUACCUACCGCUGUGCAGUCGAAAUGAACCGGUGUUCAUAGCGACCUGUACUCCAAUAGCCAUGCCCGAAACACGGGAGUGUGUAGUUCAGGGAGCGACCAACGUCUUCACUACGAUCCACUCGAUGGACAUGAAGGUGAUUCACAUCGAUAAAAAUGGAGAGUUCCACCUAGGCUACAGCCGAAGCGAACUGCAGGGCAUUUCCUGGUAUCAACUGUUACACUGGGAGUCGACGAGGGAGGCGCAAAGCAAACAUCGACUGAUUACUCAAUCCGAGCAGGACCGUUCCUGUAUACUGCUAGUCCGGAUGCAGAGGCGGCAGAACGACUUUAUUUGGGUCCACGUGGUGCUCCAAGUCCGUGACGGCCAGGACUCAAACCAGCAGUCGGUGAUCGUGUGUACGAACCAAGUCUUGAGUGAUCGCGAGGCAACUGUUAUGCUGUCUAACUCCUGGCUGUACCAUUACUACACGGUACAAUCGAAGAUGCAGUUUGGCAUUCCAUUCGAAGGGGCGACUCGAAUUCCUCCGAAUACCUCCUACUAUCAUGGACAUCCAUCACCAAAUUCUACGAUCCAAACCCACGGAUACAUCGCACCACCGCAUCAUGUUUCCUAUGGGUAUCAUUCGCCGGUGGGGCAGGCAGGAGGUGGCACCGGUAGUCUUCACCACAAUGGAACUUCAACAUCUGUCAUCAGCCAUCAUCAUGGCUUAGGUGCCGAGCAUUACCGACCGUACGGCUACUGUUUAGAAACGCAACCGGUGGACUAUAGCAGUCAGCCGCCUUCCAUGGUUCCUGUUCAGAUUCGUUGUGAAAGUACCGGCAGCAGCCAAAGCAUUCAACCCGAUCGGAACGGUAGUCCUCCAGCCAAAAAACGCGCACUGGGUCGAAUAGAACCUCUCUACAUUCCGGAAAAUGGCCAACAUUCUCCGGAAAGUAGCAUAACUGAGCUUCAUCCUGCGACACACACGGUAACACCGGAACAUCCUGACUCGGGUCACAAUACCGGCUUGGGUAUUGUAGGCGGGAUCGGUGGUGGCGGAGGUGGCAUAAUGAGCGGUUCUGGCGGAGUGCAAACCAUGACCCUGUCUACCUCGUUUCACACACGAAGCACCCGAGCCUUGAAAGCACCUCCCACUUCCACGGUAACGGAACCAACAGAUUUCAUCGAUCAGUGGAACCCUAGUCCUCCCUGGUCUGACACUACCGUCCAGAAAGUCCCCGAUAUUACCCAUCAGGAACUUAGCCCCUAUAUGACUACCACUCCUCCUACGCCAACAAGUGCACCACACGUCGCCGGAAUUCCGGCUACUUUCUCUUUCGAUUGGAUGCCAGAGCAGUUCGUUCCCAUUAUGACCGACUGUCCACCACCGACGGCUGCUUCCGGGUGUGUUCUUCCGUGCACCAUUAACCAAGACGGUAUUCCAGUACCAAUGUCUCUUCCAAUGCCAGUGCCCAUACAAAUUCCACCACCACCUUGGCCAUCGGAUCACCGUUUACUAACUUUAGACAGUACCUCUUCCUCGACUUCUUCCUCAGCAUCAACAUCCGUUGAUCGAAAGCCAUUGGAGGACCAUUCACAUCAACACCAACAGCAACAUCAUCAGCAGCAACAGCAGCAGCAGCAGCAUCUUCAUCAUCAACAUGCUGCGUCAUCUUCCUCCGGUGGUGGCGGCACUCACCACCGAGGAAUCAAACGAUCUCAUUGA